UUUAAAUCCAUGCUAAUCGGGUGCCGGCGGGCGGGGCGGCGUGCCUGCGCCCCUGACAGCGCGGGAGGAGACCCUGGGAGCCGCACGGCCAAGCCUCCCCGCCGGGGACCGGUCCCGUGCGCUAGCCCAUGCUGAUCCCCGCCUUUGUUCUCGGGCCGGAGCGGAGACAUGCGCGGCUGACGAUGGAAGUGGAGGACUCGGGCGGCGUGGUGCUGACCGCCUACCACUCGUACGCUCGCUCCCAGCCGCCCAGCUCCGAGCCGCGUUGCGCGCCCCGGGCCGCCGCCAGCCACCCGGGCAGCAGAAAGUCCAUCCCUCGCUGCCGAAGAAUUAACAGGAUGCUCUCCAAUGAAUCCCUACAACCCCCUGCGUUCAGCCGCUCCAAUUCGCAGGCCUCUGUAGACAGCACCUCCCUGGAGGAUUUCUGGCGGGAAACUGAAAGCAUCAAAGAGAAUAGCAUGGGAGGUCAGGAUGAGCAUUCGCCGGCCGAGGUCAAGCCCCUGGAUGAAGGAGAACUUGAAGCAGAGUGGUUGCAAGAUGUAGGUUUAUCCACCCUGAUCUCAGGUGAUGAGGAAGAGGAUGGCAAAGCCUUGCUCUCCACUUUGACUCGGACCCAAGCAGCUGCAGUGAAGAAGAGAUAUAAUACUUACACGCAAACCCUGAGAAAAAAGAACAAGCAGUCUGCCAGGGAUGUCAGAGACAUCUUUGGAGUCAGUGAAUCCCCUCCAGGUGAUGCCUGUGACGACCAUCCUAGGCAGUUGGAUGGCCCCCAGGAGGAAAAGGAGCUGCCAGGAGUUAUCAAAACAAGUGGUUCUUUGCCAGAUGAUGCUUCUCUCAACAGUACUACCCUGUCAGAUGGGUCCCAGGAUGAAGAAGGGGGUCUUGCCGUUCCCAGGAGUGGCUCCAUGUCUAUCCUUGAGACUAUUCCAGAUAUGCCGGUUCAUUCCAAUGGGUCAGCGGAACCUGGGCAGUCCGUGCAGAAUGCGGUGAGCGAUGAUGACUAUCUGGAGAAGAACAUUCCAUCCGAAGCUGAAGAGCUCUCCUUUGAAGUAUCUUAUUCAGAAAUGAUUACAGAGUCUCCAAAAAGAAAUAAAUUUAAGAAGUCAGAUUUUAAGAAAGAGGACUAUGUUUUACCUAAAUUCAUUGUUCAGAAAACCAGAUUUGGCCUCACUGAAGCAGGAGAUCUGUCCGCUGAAGACAUGAAGAAAAUCCGCCAUCUCUCUCUGAUUGAAUUGACGGCCUUUUUUGAUGCCUUUCGAAUUCAACUGAAAAGAAACAAAACAGAGAAAGUAAAAGGACGAGACAGCGGGAUUUUUGGAGUCCCUCUUACAGUCCUACUGGACAAUGACCGAAGGAAAGACUCUGGAGUGAAAGUUCCUCUUGUGUUACAAAAAUUCUUUGAGAAAGUUGAGGAAUCGGGUCUGGAAUCUGAAGGAAUUUUUCGACUUUCAGGAUGUACUGCCAAAGUCAAGCAAUACCGUGAAGAACUGGAUGCCAAGUUUAAUGCCGAUAAAUUUAAAUGGGACAAAAUGUGCCAUAGAGAAGCUGCAGUGAUGUUGAAAGCAUUUUUCAGAGAACUACCCACCUCUCUCUUCCCUGUGGAAUAUAUACCUGCCUUCAUCACUCUAAUGGAAAGAGGGCCACACAUCAAAGUACAGUUUCAAGCCUUACACCUCAUGGUCAUGGCGCUGCCUGAUGCCAACAGAGACACAGCCCAGGCCCUCAUGACAUUCUUCAAUAAAGUCAUUGCCAACGAAUCCAAAAACCGGAUGAGUAUAUGGAACAUAUCUACUAUAAUGGCACCAAAUCUUUUCUUCAGUAGAAGCAAACACUCCGACUGUGAGGAGUUACUCUUAGCAAACACUGCAGCCCACAUCAUCCGCCUGAUGCUUAAGUACCAGGAAAUCUUGUGGAAGGUUCCAUCUUUCUUAAUCACUCAAGUCAGAAGGAUGAAUGAAGCGAGCAUGCUGUUGAAGAAACAGCUCCCAAGUGUCAAAAAGCUGCUGAGGAGGAAGACCAUAGAACGAGGGGUUACAAGCCCCAAGACUUCAAAGGUACUACAGAAAUCACCCUCUACAAGAAGAAUGUCUGACGUGCCAGAGGGAGUCAUAAGGGUCCACGCACCCCUUCUCUCCAAGGUGUCCAUGGCCAUUCAGCUCAACAGUCAAACCAAAGCCAAAGACAUACUGGCAAAGUUUCAAUACGAGAACAGUCAUGGUUCUUCGGGAUGCAUUAAAAUUCAGAACCAAAGAUUAUAUGAAAUUGGAGGUAAUAUAGGACAGCACUGCUUGGAUCCAGAUGCUUAUAUAUUGGAUGUGUAUCAUGUAAAUCCUCAAGCAGAAUGGGUGAUUAAACCCCAAGCGAUUGUUUGAAAUACCUUCCAAGAUGGCAGCCAUCGUGUCUACAUGCCCAGAAGUCCUUCCUACAUUGAGUAGGGAAAAAAACAAGACUGCUUUUGA